CGACUCUUCGACUGUACUAUCAUGGACGAUAAUCGAAGUGGACAAACAGCCCUGUCAUCCUAUGGCCAAGCGAAAGCUGAGACGAGAAAGACGGCUCUGCAGCUUCAGAAGAACAUGAGGGAUUCAUAUCAUGAGAAGACUAAUAUAGACGGCAUUGUUAAUAUCGGAGUGGCUGAGAAUACGCUUAUGUAUGAAGACUUACGCGAGUAUUUCGAACGCAAUCUUCAUCUAACUCCUACAGAUUUCACGUAUGGUGAUGGGUUGACUGGGACCAUGCGUCUCUGCACCGCAGUAUCAAGAUUCUUGAAUUCUUACUUCGAGCCCUAUCGACCAGUUGUUCCAGACCAUCUCAUCAUGGGAUCGGGGCUCAUGACUGUGUUGAGCCAAGUCACACGAGUGAUCGCGGAUCCUGGGGACGGCAUCUUAUUAGCUUCUCCUUACUAUCAAGGAUUUGAUGUCAGCUUCACAGUUCAGAACGGCAUCAUUCCUAUUGGCGUGCCGAUUCCAGCAUCUGAUAUGUUUACGGUUAAAGAAUUAACCCACCUCAAACGUGGUCUGCAAGAAAGCACUGCCAAAGGGAUCACCAUCAAAGCAGUCAUGUUGUGUAACCCCCACAACCCACUAGGUCGCUGUUAUCCGCCGGACGUUAUCAUUGCAUACUGUCGCUUCUGUGAAGACCACAAUAUUCAUCUCCUUUCAGACGAGGUUUAUGCACUCUCUGUUUUUCCGUCUUGCGACGUCCCUGAUCCAGAACCUUUCGUAUCUGUGCUGUCGAUCGACCUCGAGAAACAUGGCGUGAACCCAUCCAGAGUGCACGCACUCUAUGGCAUGUCCAAGGAUUUCAAUGCAAACGGAUUUCGUGCUGGAGUCUUUGUGUCUCAAUCAAAUCCUAUGCUCAUAGAAACUCUCACCGUCACUACCAUAUUCAUGGUUAUUUCAUCUGUUACAGACACAUUAUGGUCUACUCUGCUCAUGGAUGAAAGUUACCUCCCAGCGUUCAUUACAAAGAACCAGCUCCUGCUACGCGACGCUUACGAAUAUGUGACAUCGUGGCUUAGGUUUCACAAUCUCCCCUAUAUUCCGUCUUCUGCAGGCCAUUUCCUCAUGGUGGACUUGCGUCCUGUGCUGUCAGAUGUCGAUCGCUACGCCUCUCUUUUGUCUAUUACUCCGGAGCAUAAUAUGCGUGAAAGGGAGCUGGCGCUCGCUAGGUUUCUCUUGGCUCAUAAAGUCAGCAUAAUCCCAGGGGCAAACUGUCAUAUAGCCGAAGGCGGGUGGUUUCGCCUCACGUUUUCGGUGAGGAGGGAUUUCAUAGACGUCGCCCUGGGAAGGAUAGAAACGGCGCUGGGGUGGGACAAAUGGCAGCCACAAGUAAAAUCUUUCACUAGUUAGAAACUUGUGAUGUGUACUUUACCUGUGCUGGGGAUCAGUGAAUAAGAUACAUAGCCUUAUUGUCAAUG